GCCGCCGCCGCUUUCGACCUGCUGGAGCUGGUGCGGAGCUACCGGCGACUGGAGCUGUACCUGGAGCCGCUGCGGGACGCGGCCGAGGGCGUCCGCUCCCUCCUGAGGUGGCAGCGGCCCGUGUGCUCCCUCCUGGUCUGCCUCGGCCUCAACUUCCUCCUGCUCACCCUCGGACAAGCCGCCUGGUACUCGAUGCUCGCCCUGCUGGUCGCGGUGCCGGCCCUGCUGGGCUACCUGCAGGAGUCGUGCCGGGCCCGGCCCUCGGAGCCGGAGCUGGUGCGCAGGAGGUACCACAGCAUCCGCAGGGAGGACCUGCGCAAGGUGCAGCUCUCCCGGCAGGAGGCCAUCGCCCAGGUCAAGAGCUUCCUGAUCCAGCUGGAGGGGUUUCUGAGCGGGAUGUGUUGCAGCUGUGAGGCCGUGUACCGUGUGCUGUACUGGGAGAACCCCACUGUCUCUUCCCAGUUUUAUGGGGCACUGCUGGGCACUGUUUGUGUCCUUUACCUACUGCCCCUCUGCUGGGUCCUGGCCAUCGUCAACAGCACCCUGUUCCUGGGCAACACCCAGUUCUACCAAGUGAUAAUGGAGCUCAAGGCCUCGAUUGAGCAGUGUGUGGGCACCAAGCCCCUCGAGAGCACUCCAGAGCCUGCUGAACCCCUGCCAGCAGCUGCUGCCCCAGAUCGGACCCCCACACCCACCAGCGCAGAGGACCUUACCCCUGGCAGCGUGGAGGAGGCAGAGGAGGCAGAACCUGAUGAAGAGUUCAAAGAUGCUAUUGAGGAGGAUGACGAGAGCUCUCAGUGCUCAACCGAUUUUGACCUCAGCCUCCCGGACAAUGGUUUUAUGAGCAAAAACGAAGUGAUCCGCAGCAAGGUGUCACGUCUGACCGAGCGCCUGCGCAAGCGCUACCCCAGCAACAACUUCGGGAGCUGCACGGGCUGUGCAGCCACCUUCUCUGUGCUCAAGAAGAGGAGGAGCUGCAGUAACUGUGGGAACAGCUUCUGCUCCAGGUGUUGUUCCUUCAAAGUCCCCAAGGCUGUGAUGGGAGCCACGGCCCCCGAGGCUCAGAGGGAGACGGUGUUUGUGUGUGCUCUGUGCAACCAGGUGCUCAUCAAGUGAUGAAACAGACCCAGCUCUUGUGGCCUGCACUGCCUGACACCUGGGACAGCGGGCAGGCACCCUUGCCACCAGGAACCUGGACUGUUUGGAUCCCAGCGUGGCAUUCCCCAGACAGAGGAUGCUUUCACUCUCUGCUCCUCCUGCUAGUGCCAGGCUAGGGCCUGACCAGCUCUCCUUGCCACGCAAAGGCUGAGUCCCUGUGGUGGAAUAUUGUCCAUGGCUGUGCCCCAUCCCUGCAGCUGCUCCAAGCCCUGGGUGCUCUCUGGCACUUGCUGCACCCUGCCAUGUGCUUGCCCAGGCCCUGUGGCCUGGCUCAGUGAUGGAGGAGCCAUCUUUCCCUUCACCUCCUGGUUGGGGUGGAACAACCUCAGGGCUCUGUCCCUACCUUUCCCAGCACUGUGCUAUAAAUGACUGUAUUUUUGGGAUCAAGUCAGAACUCUACCUGCACCUCCAGGAGAUGUGGUCCUUGGUCCUGGUCAGCUGACACCCUGCUGGUCACUCCUGUGCUCCUUGGCCUCACCACCUGCAGGUUUAGUCUUUUACCCCUGGAUUUGGCUGUAGUGCAGAGGAGGGUGAGUUUGGGCUGGGCUGUGUGGCCGUGUCUCCAGUGUGAGAAGAGGCAGGAGUUGGUGCUGCUCUGUGCACUUAGUGACUGCUGCUUUCUAAUACAGAUUAAUAUAUAAUUGCAUAUAGAGAAUGACCAAUAAAUUUCUUGUCCUUA